AUGGUUGACCUUCGAUCGUACUUAAGUCAAAAUCAGCCAUCGAAUUACCGUCAACUUUCAUGGUUUCGUCAAAUGGCCCGCGCUCUUGCACAAAUUCACGACCGCCGCAUUAUUGUGGUAGACAUUGCCAGCCAUAACUUUCUUCUUGACUCCGACCUAUCAGUCAAAUUCUGCGAUUUCACAGAGUCGACUAAAUUACCUCUUGACGCCUGUAUGGAAACAGCUGACGAUGGGGGCUAUACAGUACGAACGGACAUUGGGCAAUUGGGAGCUGUGAUGUACGAAGUCCUAACCAAGCAGCGUUGCGAAUUUGAUAUAUUCAAGGAUGUCCCAUCAGAUAUCAGUCACGGUUCAUGGCCGCGAAGGGGAGGACCUCCCAAACACUGA